GCAAACAACCAAAAACUUACAACUCGGAAACACGGUCUUCAUAUUUGCACAAGGCAUGCAUGUGUAUUCAGUGCCAGAAAUCCAAAGGCGAGAAGCAAUUUCUUGCAUAAUUCGAAUCUAGACAUGCAGACAGUCAAACAAAAGAUGAAAAGGCCUUCUAGUAUUAACUAGAAGAACGCCCGUGCGUUGCAACGGGGCCACAUUAACUUUAAGAGUUCAAUAUUAAUCAUGUUAAUAAUACAUUUAAUAUUUUCAUACAUAUCAAGUGACACUGGCGAUCUUUUUUGUCAAUUUAGCAACGGGCUCAGUUGCAACGGGCUCUUUAUACAUAUCAAACAACUCGCUACUACUUAAACUACAACUAUGGCUACCAAUAUUUUUUUGUCAAUUUAGCUCAGCAAUAGUGCCUGGCUUAAUAGACUGCUUUGCAUUCACCCCCUCAGAAGACACAGAGAACUAACUCAACAUGUCAGAAGAUUAACAGAAAUUUCAUUUGUAUGGCAUGAACAUAUAGCAGGAGCACCAACACAUAGAUCAGCAGAGAGCAGAGCACAGCAUGCACACACUCGGGCCAUCUAUAUCAUACACACACAGCAACGCACACACGCAUGACGCUGGCAUACACAUACAGAAAAGCAGGCACACACGCAUCAUGCGCAUUGGCCGGUGCGACGCACGCAGAGCAAGUACGUACGCACGGAGAGCAAGCUAGCAAGCACGCACACGUCCAACCCCGCCGCUGCAUGCGCUGGCAGAAGGUGAGACAGCAAGGGAGACUGCACAUUGAAUCUGUCCAUGCAAGGCUGGAGGUGCUGGGCCGGCGACGGCGGUGUCAGGACGGCGCUUGAUUCGUUCCCGGUGGCGUGGAGCUUGGGGCGGCAACGCGGCGAUAGCUAGUGCUCGGGGAUGGGGGUUUGGGGCGGGGGCAGUCGACCCGAUGGCUGGCGAAGUUAACGGGUUCGGGCGGCUGGAAAUUCGGCGGGUGGCGGCGGCACAGCGCGAGGAUGGGACAGGCGGAAAACCUAGCGAGCGUUCAACUAUCAAUACCCACGCCUUUUUUUAGGGGAAUUGCUUGUGAAAAUAACGUGGGACGACGACUUAGCGAGCGGAUCCCCUUAAAAAAGACAUAGCGAGCAGAUUUCCUUAAAACUGGUAGGAAUGGAUACGAUUGAUGACGUUGAUAAAUAGUGGUGAAUGUUGGCCUAAUUUACUAUCAUCAUGCAUGGAAACGAAUCAUCAAGAAAAAGAAUACUUCCUAUUACUACACUCAUAGGAAGCUUCCUAAUCUCUGCUACCAAACAGUUUCUGCCCAAACAAGGAAGGAAAGUUAUGGACGUGAUUCGGAAGGAAACAAACGUUAUGAAGAUUAAUUAAUUUAGAUUUGAUCUUUAGAGAUUGAUUGUGAUUGAUUCUUUUACAUAAAGACAUUACUAAAUAAUUUGCGUCAGUAUGGAAAGUUCUGAUCCGUUCAUUUUUUUCGUUGUGUGAGAGGGUGAAGUGAAAAUAAACCGAUGAAGUGGGAGAGGCGACGAAAAAAAUCUACGACGGUUAACCUACGAAAAAAAAACCGGACGAAAGUGGUGGGACGAAAAAAAACCUGGAAGCGAGACUACCAACUGCUCCAUUAGGAGUAGAGAUAUAUUUUUCUGUCAUUUAUAUAUUAAGAUUGCAAGCUCAACAGAAAUUUUCACAGCAUUUCAUCUACAAGAUUAUAGCAGCUUGACAUUUACAAAGCAUUGUUAAAAUUCUUCAACCAUGCUAAAACUUUCAGGUAUAUUUCGACAACAUAGAAACGAAGAGUACACAGGAAGUGUCGCCUACAACUUUUAGAGUUGAAUUGAAUGGCCAUUGGUUUGCUCACUAUUUUUUCCCUCUUUUCCUGUAGUGCUCUGCAGCAGAAUCUUCUGGGCAACUCCAGUUUCAGACAAUUAACAUGGCUUUCCUGCCACUGCUAGUUGUCGCAGUCAUGUUGCACCUAGCCUCUACAUCAGCGCAGUCUGGCCCCGGAUGCAAAACACAAUGUGGUGAUGUCGACAUCCCUUAUCCGUUUGGUAUUGGUAUUGGUACUGGCUGUGCUAUUAGAGACUUUGAGAUCAUCUGCAGGAGGACUGCUAAUGGAAUCUACAAGCCAUUCUUGUUCAUUCGGAAUGUGGAGGUUCUAAGCAUCUCAGUGCCCCUCGGUCAAGUCCGAGUUUUAUCCGACAUCUCGACAUACUGCUACAAUACAAGUACAAGAUCAAUGGUACAGAAAGCUUGGUCCCUUGACUUCUCACGAAGCCCGUACCGCUUCUCCUAUCUACACAACAAGCUCAUAGUUAUUGGAUGCAACACGCUCGCAUACAUCAACAACUUGGGAAGCAGUGCAAAGUAUACGACAGCAUGCGCAGCAGUGUGUGAGAGCCCGGCAGCACUGACAAACGGUUCUUGUGUUGGCGCAGGCUGCUGCCAAAAUGAUAUACCAAAGGGUCUAAGGGGCUAUAUGUUCACAUUUUAUGAUGUUUACAAUAAUUCCAACAGUACGCUUUUCAACCCAUGUAGCUACGCCGCCAUGGUGGAGACAGAGACAUUUAGUUUCAGCUCGAACUUCAUAACCACUACAAGGUUCAAUGAUACUGACGAUGGGCGGAAGCCACUGGUGCUGGACUGGGUGGUCGGAAAUGCAACUUGUGAAGUGGCCAGAGACAUGCCUUCUUACGCGUGCCAUAGCAGGAACAGCACGUGUGUGAACUCGACUAACGGCCAAGGGUAUCUAUGCAACUGCACCGACGGAUAUGAAGGGAACCCUUACCUCUUUGACGGAUGCAGAGGCAAGUUCAUUUCUUUACUUGAUCCCUAUGUCAAUGAAUGUGAGAAGAAUUCAAGUAUAUGCCCGAAGUCUGCAACAUGCCACAACACUAUUGGAGGGUAUUAUUGUUCAUGUUCUCCAGGCAGAAAGUUUGUAAUGGAAACAAAAUCUUGUAACCCAGACAUCACCCUAAUCAUAGGCAUUAGCAUUGGCGUUGUCAUUCUAGUGAUUAUCAUCUUCUGCAUACGUGUAAUAUUUGAGAGAAGAAAGCUUGCGAAUGUCAAAAAACAGUAUUUUCAGCAGCACGGAGGGAUGCUAUUGUUUGAGAAGAUGAAAUCAGAUCAGGGACUUUCAUUUACAGUGUUUACUGAAGCAGAACUGAAACAAGCAACAAAUAAAUUUGACGAAAACCAGAUUCUUGGACAUGGAGGCAAUGGCACUGUGUACAAGGGAAUAAUUAAGGAUAUCACUGAAGUGGCAAUUAAAAGGUGUGCAUUGGUUGAUGAUAGGCAGAAGAAGGAAUUUGGCAAAGAAAUGUUGAUUCUUUCCCAUAUCAAUCACAAGAACAUAGUCAAGCUAUUGGGAUGUUGCCUUGAGGUGGAAGUCCCCAUGCUAGUAUAUGAGUUCAUCCCAAAAGGAACAUUGUUUGAUCUUAUUCACGGCAAGAACAGUAAACCGCAUCUCCCUUUCAGUUCUCUUCUAAGGAUCGUCAAUGAGGCAGCUGAGGGGCUUGCAUUUUUACAUUCCUACGCAAACCCACCAAUUCUACAUGGUGAUGUGAAAACCUCUAACAUCCUUCUUGAUGAGAAUUACAUGGCAAAGGUGUCAGAUUUUGGGGCUUCUAUAAUAGCACCAAUUGACAAAGCCCAGUUCGUCACAAUGGUUCAAGGGACAUGUGGUUAUCUGGACCCUGAAUAUAUGCAGACAUGUUGCUUGACAGACAAAAGCGACGUUUAUAGCUUCGGUGUUGUUCUUCUAGAGAUCCUAACAGGGGAGGAGCCACUGAAACUUGAAGGUCCUGAGGUAUGCCGGAGCCUGUCGUCGAGUUUCCUGCUGGCUAUGAAGGGGAACAAUCUUGAUAAUAUGCUCGACAAUCAAAUAAAAGAUCAUGAGAAUAUGGAGUUGAUUGUAGGGGUAGCAGAUCUAGCUAGGCAAUGCUUGGAAAUGUGCAGUGAUAAUAGGCCCUCGAUGAAAGAGGUAUCUGAGGAGCUUAGCAGAUUAAGGAAGUUUUCGAGGCAUCCUUGGAUACAGCGUGAUACUGAGAGAGAUAGCUUUCUCGGUCUGAUUGAAACAGAACAAAGCUCUGAGUGCACAGAGAAGGAUGAAAGAAUGCCCAUAAAUCCAAGCAGUUUUUACCUUAUGAGGUGAACGAAAACACAGCGAAUUUUAUGCUUUGGCACUUUCAUUGUUCAUUUAACCUUCUCCUCGUUUAGCUGUAUGUUGCAUUUUAGUGUUAGACUCUCUUGGACCCUUGGGUAUUACA